AUGUUUCUGGACAACCAGAAGGUGGAAUGGUCUUCAAGCACUUUUGAAAAUAUAAUUCAGAUUGAGAAUGAUCUUGACAGAUUGGAGGAGUGGCCUGAACUGGCUGUGAGGUGGUUGGAACACAACUGCCGCUACCAGUACAUGGAUGAACUGCUCCAGUAUGUCCGCUUUGGCCUUAUGGAUGUGGAUACACUGCAUACCGUAGCUCUUUCUCAUCCUCUUGUCCAAGCUAGUGAAACUGCGACAGCACUUAUUAAUGAGGCCUUGGCUUACCAUCAGAGCGUCUAUGCACAGCCAGUUUGGCAAACCAGAAGGACAAAACCUCGCUUCCAGUCAGACACUCUUUACAUUAUUGGUGGGAAAAAACGUGAAAUCUGUAAAGUGAAGGAAUUGCGAUACUUCAAUCCGGUAGAUCAAGAGAACGUUCAUAUCGCAGGGAUUGCAAACUGGAGCGAGCUAGCGCCUAUGCCCAUGGGGAGAAGUCACCACUGUGUUGCUGUCAUGGGAGACUUUCUUUUUGUAGCUGGUGGAGAGGCAGAGCACUCCACAGGGCGCACUUGUGCGGUGAGAACUGCCUGUCGAUACGACCCCCGCACUAACUCUUGGGCUGAGAUAGCUCCGAUGAAGAAUUGUCGGGAACACUUUGUGCUGGGAGCAGUGGACGAGUACCUCUAUGCAGUGGGGGGCAGAAAUGAAUUGCAUCAAGUGUUACCUACAGUGGAACGCUAUUGCCCCAAGAAGAACAAGUGGACCUUUGUACAGUCCUUUGAUCGAUCGCUCUCGUGCCAUGCAGGAUAUGUGGUGGAUGGUCUUCUUUGGAUAUCAGGAGGAGUAACAAAUACAGCACAGUAUCAGAACAGGCUCAUGGUCUAUGAUCCUAAGCAGAAUAAGUGGUUAAGCCGUAGCCCAAUGUUGCAGAGGAGAGUGUAUCACUCCAUGGCGGCUGUCCAAAGGAAACUUUAUGUGCUAGGUGGGAAUGAUCUGGACUACAACAAUGAUCGGAUCCUGGUUCGGCACAUAGACUCCUACAGUAUAGAUGCUGAUCAAUGGACGCGUUGCAGCUUCAACAUGUUGACAG